AUGCUCUCCCAAGCCAUUUUCUCGCUGGCGCUGCUGGCGACCCAAGGUCUUGCGAAGAAGGACUGGGUCAAGGGCAAGGCAUUCGACCGCAUCGCCAUCAUCUGGCUUGAGAACACGGACUAUGACCUCGCCAUUGGAGACCCCAACCUGGCUGCGCUGGCAAAGAAGGGUAUCAGCCUUACCAACAAGUUCGCUGUGACGCACCCGUCAAUGCCAAACUACGCCGCUGCAGUCUCUGGCGACUACUACGGCGUCAAUCAUGAUGACAUGAUCAAGAUUCCCUCGAAUGUCUCCACCGUGGUUGAUCUGUUGGAGGACCAGGGGAUCAGCUGGGGAGAGUACCAGGAAGACAUGCCGUAUACCGGAUACCAAGGCUUCGACUACCGCAACCAGAAGUCGGGAGCCAACAUGUACGUGCGCAAGCACAACCCAGCUGUGCUGUACGAUUCGGUUGCGCAGAAGCCGGAGAGGCUGGCAAACAUCAAGAACUUGACCUUGUUCCAAGAGGACCUCGCGAACAACCAGCUGCCCCAAUGGAUGUUCAUUACGCCGAACAUGACCAGUGACGGACACGACUCCACUGUUACCGUUGCUGGCACGUGGACUCGAAACUUCCUUGAGCCGCUGUUGAACAACAAGAACUUCAUGAAGAAGACGCUCGUUGUUGUGACGUUUGAUGAGAACCACUCCUACGCUCAGCAGAACCGGAUUGUGGGUCUGUUGCUUGGGGAUGCUGUGCCGGAGCAGCUUGUCGGUACUACUGAUGACACGUACUACAACCAUUAUAGCGAGCUGUCGACUGUGCAAGCCAACUGGGGCCUCCACAACCUGGGACGAUGGGAUGUCGGCGCCAACGUGUACAAGUUCGUAGCGGAGAAGACGGGCGAUAGCCUGCGGAAGUGGAGUGGCGCCGUGCCGUUCUCGCAGAUGUUUUUCAACAGCAGCUACGCGGGACAGCUGAACAACAAGAACACAUCGGUACCGUGGCCAGUGCCCAACAGUGAGGCGAAGCACGCUGGCAGGACCGUACUACCGGCCGUUGUGCAGACUUGGGGGAAGCUGAAGAACCAGACUGCGUACACCAAGGGCGUAGAGAUUCCUGACGGCAUGCAUCCUCAGGCGGAGUUCAAGUAA